AGCGUUCGUCUCCCUCACAUUAGAGCAUUGUUGACACAGAGAGAGACUCGAAAUGGCGACGGAGAUCUCGUCGGAUCUGAUAAACGAACUUAAGAUCUCGCUUCGUAGGGAGGCUAAGCUCUCCUCAUUCGAUUCCUCUACCACCACCCUUCCCACAGCUCCGGAGGCAAUCGCGGAGCUCGACGCUUCGCCUCCUUACCUCCGCUGCCGAAACUGUAAAGGAAAGCUUCUGCGAGGGAUUGACUCUCUGAUCUGCGUUUUCUGCGGCGAACAGCAACGGACGAGCGAGAAUCCUCCUGAUCCAAUCAAGUUUACAUCAACUCAUGGUUACAAAUGGUUUCUCACCUCUCUCGAUCUGGACGGAUCGGAGAUGGUGGAGCCACUAAAGGAAACGAAUGGAUCAAGAAUUGGAGCUAAAGCUUCUGUAGCAAAAGGAGUUUCUGUGUCUGAGUUUCUUGAUUUUGAAGUUCAAUGGUUAGCAAGGGAAGAGAAGGCUUCAAACAAUGGACCUGAUGAUAAGAACCGUCUGGAUUUAGGAGGGAUUAGUCUUGAUGAUUAUUUCGUUGAAGAAAGAGGAGAUUUUUCUAAAGUGGAUCCGGUUGAGAGCAAACAGGAGGAGGAAGAUGAUUUUAAGGAUCCGCGUAGUCUUAGCUUGUUUGAUGGUGUGAAGAGUCAGGGAGUUGCUGAAUCACUGCAGAGUGGAAAAGAUGCGCAGAAGAAUGUUUCAUCUGGAGAACAUGAGAAUCUUAGUUUGUUUGCAGGACGAGAUGCACGGGAUAGUGCUUCUGUAUCAGAUCAGGGGAACUUUGGGUUCUUUGAGGGAAAAGAUGCAGGGGACUCUAUUAAAGAGGAUGAAAACCUUAGCCUGUUUGAGGAGAUAGAUGAGAAGAGAACUAGUCCUUCUAAAAACACUGAGAGUUUUGGUUUCUUUGAGGAGAAAGAUGCUCAGAGAAAUAGUUCGUCGAAAGAGGAUGAGAGUUUUGGUUUGUUUGUGAGUAAAGAUGCUGAGAGAAGUAGUGCUUUGAAAGAAGAUGGUAAUCUUGGUUUGUUCGAGGGUGGAGAAGGUCAGAGAAAUAGUUCUUCUAAAGAGGAUGGAGAUUUUGGUUUGUUUGAGGGAGCAUUAUCAUCAAAUGCUGGCCUCAAGUCCUUCGAUGACAAGGUUGUUGCCUCUUCCUCUGAUUGGGGUACUGACUUUCAAACUGUUUCCCAGGAAAAGAGUAGUGGCGAUCCGUUUGUAAAUUCUCAAGUUGAUCUGUCUGCUCAUAUGGAUUCUGUUUUUGGUUCCGGAAAAGAUUUAUUCUAUGAAAAACCAGCAGAUUCUUCAACUGCUUAUGUUUCCAAAGCUGGUGACUGGCUGCAAGAUGAUUUGUUUGGUGGUGUUACUGGCAAGACUCAAAACAACGACCAGACUGUCCAUGAGGGACUAGUUAUGGGAGGCAAUGGAAGUUCAUCCAUGGAUAUUGAUUGGAUUGGAGAUGAUCUAUGGCAAACCAGUGAAAAGAAAGCAGUUGGGAAGACGCCUACGGAUGAUAAUGAUGGUGACAAUGACUGGAAUGAUUUUGCAAGCUCAGUUAACUCCAAGACUCCUAGUAAUCUGUUUUCACGAACCAUGGAAAGUUCCCAAGAGGAGAUAUUUGAUGGGCUGGCGCAUGUUGAGCAUGAUAUUAAUGAACAGAGCAAAGAUGAGAAGCAGAAUACUGGUACAGGCGUGAUAUCUGACAUGGCCAAAGGUCAAGAAGAUGAUCUCUUUGGAGCUUGGGAUAGUUUCACACCCUCAAACGUUUCGCAAACACCUGUGCAGCCUCCCACGAACCAUGUAAAUACAUCUGCUGAGCAGAAUCCGGAAAUGAACCUGUUUGGGGAAAAUAACCAUCACAGAGACCUUCCCUUUGAUUAUUUUCCGGAAAGUAAAGACCAAACCAACUCAGAGGAAGUUAAAGACAUGCCUUCUGGAACCUUGUCCGUAGAGAGAACGAGUGAUCCUGAUGGUAAAGAUCAAACGCUUGAUCUUGUAGGCACAACAGCAAUAUCUCGCAAGUCAAAGAGUGAUGUUGGGGAAGAGCUGAUGUCACAGAUGCAUGAUCUCUCGUUUAUGCUAGAGACCAAACUCUCUGUUCCUCCAAUCUCCAAGGCAGAGUAAUAUUUAAUACAUUGUACUCUCUUAUUUCUCUCUCGCCUCUCAUGUUUUUCUUGGGGCUCGAAAGAUUGUUUGUUUUCAAGUAUAUAAUUCAUUUUCAAUUACUCUAGAGUACUGGCUUUGUCGCCAGC